GGGUGCCUCCUGUGAGACUAGCAUCGGUACAAUUUUGCCCUCCUUGAGAGUUCUGAAGCUGGCUUGCCCAGGUUCUGGGUGCCUUUGGGCUGAGCACGGGGGCCAAACUCGGGCUCUUUCGUUCAUGUCGAAUUCCUGCCUGGAAAAGGGCAGGUGCUGCUUUAGUGCUUACAGAGAAGUGGACUUGCAAGGUGGUUGUAAACUCUGCUUAGCACGAUAUGCUCAGUCCUUGAGAAAGCAGGGCAGGAUGAGGCCCACUUUCCUUUUUGUCUGGCUUAUUGUGACAGACAGCACUGCAGGCAGACGUAAUGCUGAGACUUCGGCUUUUGACCUGGGAUGUCAAGGACACGCUGCUUCGGCUCCGGAUCCCCGUGGGCGAGAGCUACUCUGCCGAGGCCCGGGCCUUUGGCCUCCAGGUCCCAGCUGAGGUGCUCCACUGCUCGUUUUGCAAGGCCCACAAUUCCCAGAACCAACGUUUCCCCAACUAUGGCCUGGGCCAGGGCCUCAGCUCCAAGCAGUGGUGGCUUGAGGUUGUCUUGGAAACCUUCCGACUUGCUGGAAUUCACGACAGCGGUGUUCUCUGGCCCGUUGCUGAAAAACUCUACCGGGAUUAUAGCAGCCCAGAGAACUGGGAACUGCUCCCAGGUGCCAGUGAGACGCUCCAGUGGUGCCAGCAACUGGGUAUCCCCAUGGCAGUGGUUUCCAACUCUGACCGGAGGGUACGAGAGAUUCUGAGCCGGUGCAACCUUCGGCAGUACUUCCAAUUUGUCCUGACCUCGGAAGAAGUGGGGUUUGCCAAGCCAGACCGACGGAUUUUUCUGGAAGCCCUCCAAAGUGCAAAGGUGGAGCCUCAGCUGGCUGCUCAUGUGGGGGACCAUUAUGUGAAUGACUACCUGGCUGCGAGGAAGGCCGGACUGCACAGCUUCUUGUUUAAAAUGGCCGGGGAACCAAUUGAGAGUGACAUGGAGGUGCCAGAAAACCAUCUCCUACCUUCACUUUCAGAUCUGCAGGCUCGGAUAGAGAAAGGCUAAAGGAAGUGGCUGGAUUUUGGCAGUUGUUUCUAGGGGAGGAAAUUGUAUUCUUAACAAAUCUUAACAUUAACCCAAAUUAAAUUCAAUAAAACCUACAUCCCUCCUUGUAAGA